AUGGACCCGUCCAUCACGCUGUGGCAGUUCCUGCUCCACCUGCUGGAGGACCAGCGGCAGCGUCACCUGAUCUCCUGGACAGGUGAGGACGGAGAGUUCAAGCUGCUGGACGCCGAGGAGGUCGCACGCCUGUGGGGGCUCCGCAAGAACAAGCACAACAUGAACUACGACAAGCUGAGCCGAGCGCUCAGGUACUACUACGACAAGAACAUCAUAAAGAAGGUGAGCGGUCAGAAGUUUGUGUAUAAGUUUGUCAGUCAGCCCGACCCCUCGCUGUCUGACGGUCUGCGUACAGGAGAGGACGCCCAGCGCAGGGAGACCGCCGACCCCAACAGCCAAUCGAAAGGCCUCGGGGGCGUGGCCUCAAACUGUCCGUCAAAGGGCUUACCCCAGCGUUCGUCACCCAGCGGCCCGCAGAAAAGCUCCCGAAACGACUACAUGAAGUCGGGCCUCUACUCCACCUUCACCAUCCAAUCCCUGCAGGCCUCACCCAACCCACGGCCAAUCAAAACAGAGCUGCUCAUACAGCAAGACUCCGCCCCCAAGGUCGAUCGCACGCCCAGAGAG